UUGGUCAGCAAAUUUUAGUUGGAUCAGGGAUUUUACAUUUGCUAGACACUAGGAGCAAGAACUAUGCAGCUUAACGCGGCGCCCAGGGAGGCGCUUGUCGCUCGCGGGAGCGGACGCCGUGUGCUUGUCGCCGCUCAGCGCAUCGGUGGCCGCACCCGCAAGGCCGUCCAGUGCCAUGCAGCCCUCUCGUCCGGCUUCCUCGGCCAGCGCGUGGCUGGUCGCAUGGCUGUCGCGCCGGCCGCCCGCAAGGCUGGCCGUGCCGGCCGGCUGGUGGUGAAGAGCAUGUUCGAGCGCUUCACGGAGAAGGCCAUCAAGGUGGUCAUGCUUGCUCAGGAGGAGGCUCGCCGGCUGGGCCACAACUUCGUGGGCACGGAGCAGCUGCUGCUGGGCCUCAUCGGCGAGUCCACCGGCAUUGCCGCCAAGGUGCUGAAGAGCAUGGGCGUGAACCUGAAGGACGCUCGUGUGGAGGUGGAGAAGAUCAUCGGCCGCGGCUCUGGCUUUGUGGCGGUGGAAAUCCCCUUCACUCCUCGCGCGAAGCGUGUGCUGGAGAUGUCGCUGGAGGAGGCUCGCCAGCUGGGCCACAACUACAUCGGCACCGAGCACAUCCUGCUGGGCCUGCUGCGUGAGGGCGAGGGCGUGGCCGCCCGUGUGCUGGAGACCCUGGGCGCGGACCCCGCUAAGAUUCGUACCCAGGUCAUCCGCAUGGUGGGCGAGAGUCAGGAGCCGGUGGGCGCGGGCGUGGGCGGCUCGCAGCAGGGCGGCAGCAACAAGACCCCCACGCUGCAGGAGUACGGCACCAACCUGACGCAGCAGGCGGCGGAGGGCAAGCUGGACCCGGUGGUGGGCCGCAAGAAGCAGAUUGAGCGCGUCAUCCAG